UAUUUCUGGCGCCGAGCGAAUAGAGCUAAAUAAAAAUAGUAAAAAAAAAUCUUACAGAUAAAAAAACAAUAAAUAAUUAAAUUAUUCCUGAAUUUGAUUAAUUUUAAGCUGAUAGAGAUAGCAUCCAUUCAGUAUUAAUAUGAGACGAUUGCUCUAUACACUUUUUAUGCUCUGUGUUACCACUGGGCAAGGCCUGCAGCUGAGUGCAUUUACAACAAAAACUCCGAGGGUCACUAAAUAUACGACUAAAUCGCCAUCGGUUACGUCAAUGAAUCACGACGCAACCACAUCAACCUAUCGUUUUAACGCCACAAAUGGUGUCACCUGUAUACUAAUGCAGGUUGAUGGGUUGAUAAGUAUUAAAUAUAGAAACAAAAUGAACGAAGAUGUAGAGGCAGAUUUGUACAUGCCCGACAACCCUCUAUUAAGCGGUGAAUGUGUGGAAUCAAACUUAGAAAUCCUAUCAAUGGAUUUCAAAGGCUUUAAACUCUCUAUGACAUUCAAAAAGUCUUCUGGUGGUGAGGGCUGGUAUAUUCAUCUGUUUGAGCUUUCAUACUCAUCUUCCAAUCAACUCUUCGAGCAUCCCGAUCGCCCUGGCCUUGAAGUUAAGUUGGCUUCACCUUCCCACACGCCCAUGUACUUUCCAACGCCGGUGGGAAAAUCAUACGUUUGCGAUAAGGAACAGACGGUUAUCUUAUAUGAACCACACGAUUCUGGGGAUCAGUCCGGACACAUAGCUCGCCUGUAUCUACGAGACCUUCAUAUGCAAAGUUUCAUGUUCAAAGAAAGCGGUAAAUGGGGUCCAUCAUUCCAUUGCAGUGCUACAGGUUCUUAUCGGGAUGAGACCGCACCGUUAGCUGUUGGUACAGCCCUCGCUGUUGCUGUUUUAUUGAUCGUUUCGGGGUACGGCGGCUGGAGAUACUUUAAAGUCAAGAAAGUACAGUACGGAUCUAUGGAAUAAACAGUAAAACCUACAGGCGGAACUCGAGGGAUGCGCUAAUGUCAAAAUAUCUAAUUGUUUCCAAUUUCUUUGUAUACAUAUAUAAUUGUUUUCUUUCAUCUUGGGUAUUAUAAUACAUAUAAGUAUAACACGAUUUAGUUACAAGGGUGUUCUCAUUUCAGAAUUCGAUCAAACUGUGCGAAAUCAAAAUAGGGGACUUUUCUUAAUUCGACUAAUUCGUUUUACAGAAUUAAGAAAAUUUUCCAUUUGGUUGAAUUCGGGAACGGGGCCAGGCCUGUAAUUAAGUAUUAGAAAAAAUUGCUAUAUUUAAACACAAUUUAAAUAACUUAAAAUUGAAAAGUCUUCCAUAUCGUUAAUGAAAGCAAACGUACAAUUAUUCGAAUAUGUUUAAUAUAAUCAAUGUAAAUCAUAUAUGAACUUAUGUAUGCACGCUUUACAAUGAAACGCUUAAAUUAAUUUGAAGAAUUAUUUAUGAUGAGUAACAAGCGUAUAGUAUUUUGCAGCACAUUUCCUAAGUAUCUAUAAAAAAUUCCAAAGUUAUAUAAAUAACAAGUAGAACUAUAA